AUGAGGACGAGGGCCAGUUCCUACUUGGCACCAUCGUUGCGAAGCUCCAAUGCACUAAGGCGGAAAUGCGCGAAGCAAACUCUUCAACGGAGACAAGUUGUGACUCUAAAUCGGAGAUGUGCGAAAAGUCGUGUUCGUUCGACUUCGGAACGAAAGAAUAUUCAGAAAAGACUGAAAAGGCUCAGUGUGUCAGAGAAAGUUACUGUCGUCGUGACUUCUAAGGAUAUCGAAGCGGAAAGUGGUGACUCCGGUGUUUCUAGCGAUGAUGAAGACGACUCCGGACAGCGAGAGACUGACCUGGUGAUUCAAGUUUCUGAAAGGCUUUCAGAAGAAACGAAAGAGCAUUUGGACGCAUUUUGGAACAAUCAUUGCGUCUUUUCUGCCUCAGGGCAGUAUACCUGCCACGGGUUACCCGAUGGUCUGCCUGUUUUCGUUGGAGACAAUUGUUGCAGCCGAUUAGUUCCUGACGAAGAUGAUGAAGAAGUCACGUUCUUGGCCAAUCAAGAAGCUUUAGCUGCUGCUUGUUAUGACGAAUUCGUGAACCCGUUUGUAUUCAUCCGAAAUUUGCCUCCAUUGAAUCCUGAUUGUCGAGCGGUUACCCCGGCCUUGCCUCUGAGAACUCGUUCAGCCCCUGCUUUCUCUCUCGUUUUGGAUUUGGACGAGACACUGGUUCAUUGCAGCUUGGAUCCGUUGGAAGACGCCGUGCUGUCUUUCACUGUGGAUUUCCGUGAAGCGGAGUACAACAUUUUUGUUCGAACACGUCCGCAUUUUGAUACUUUUCUCGAACGCGUAUCGCAACUUUUUGAAGUUAUCCUUUUUACGGCCUCAAAGCGGGUCUACGCGGACAAAUUGAUGAACCUGCUCGAUCCGAAUCGACGUUGGAUUAAGCAUAGAUUGUUCAGGGAACAUUGCGUGCCAGUGAACGGCAAUUUCGUGAAAGAUUUGUCGAUUCUGGGACGAGAUUUGAGCAAAACUAUCAUCGUUGACAAUUCGCCGCAAGCUUUUGGGUACAAUCUGGAGAAUGGCAUUCCUAUUGAGAGCUGGUAUGCGGAUCGCGAGGACUGCGAGCUCAUGAAGCUUCUUCCGUUCCUAGAGCAUCUAGUUACCCUAGAUGAUGUGAGGCCUCGUAUCCGUGAACAGUUCAAAAUGGCAGAGAAGGUCGAAGAGUUCGGGAAGUACUGA